AUGGCGGCUGAUCCGACUAUAACCCUGCAGAUGGACUUCCCCGUUGUCGAGCCGCGGUUCGACACUAUGCCAUACGAGCUUCUCGAGGAGGUUGCAAGAUUCCUAGCGCCCGACAAUACCCUCGACCACGCUGACGCCAAUUGCCGGGCUGCUUACAAGAAGGGAAUGAGCGAUUUACUCAACUUGUGCUUGGUCUCGAAGAUGCUGGAAGCUGUGGUUCGGCCCGCGAUAUUCCGCAACAUUAUCAUUUGGCGGUCGACCGAGCUCAUCCUCCUCUAUCGCACUUUGACUGAGAACCACGGGGUCGGCGGAUACAUAAAGACACUUGUAUUAUCCACCGCAUUCCUCCGAUGUAAAAAGCACCAUGAGAUGCUUGACCUUCAACUUCUGGGAACAAUUGAUUCCGAUUUCGACUUGGUCCGGCGUCACGGAUCGCUCGGGAUGACAAGUCGACAAGAGAAUGAGCUGCGGAGCAACCUGUAUCUCAAGGUUCUCGAGAAAGCUCCGAGUGUCAAGGAAGUCACACUGAACACUCCAAGAUGGGCUGUCCGUGGUCUUGAUGAUGGGCAGUUACCUGAGUUCGGGAUCGCCAGUGCCAUGGCGAACAGUCCUGUGGUGACGGCCCAGAACUCGUCAUUUCGACUACCACAAGCUCUACACACCUUGACGAUCGAGGGACAGUAUCAAGGGCUGGUGGAGGGACUUCCCGGACAGUUCCACAAGCUUUGGUCUCAGAAAUUGAAUGGUCUGUCCAAUCUGAAGACGAUGGUCUGGCUCAGGGACGACACGACUUGGUUCGACAGCUUGCCCGGUCGACAGUGGGCGACCAAUGGCUUUAAGGGAACGUUGCAGAGUCUGACGGCCCUGAAACUCAUCGAUAGUUCCUGCCGCUUCUUUGAUAUCGCCAUCGUAUGCGAUUCUUUCCCUUCCUUGAAGUCGCUGGAUAUAUCAUCGAAUUUCCUGCGAGACAACCCUAGGAUGCUCGAAGGAGACAGCCUUUCGCCGGGCACGGCACAAAUAUCUUUGACGCGCAGCAUUGCGAAGCUGCAGCACCUCGAGUACCUUAGCCUGGAUCUCCUCUCCGUGCCUGACAACAGCAAACUGCUGGGAGACGACGGAGUACUCGACCUUUCCUCACUCCCUACCCUCUUUGCGGCGGCCAUAUCUUUCAGACUCUUCGUGUCCCAUGAGACAUUGACCAGCACCGGCAGCAGAGUUGACCCGUCACUGGUUCUGCCCAGGUGCUUGGCAUUACUGGUCAUCACUGUACGCGGCUUUAGUAGUGAGGCCGGUAGCAAUCUCAUGGAGUUUCUAGGAAGGCUGCGUGAAGCCUGCAGCAACGACUUUCCGAGCCUGGGAUGGGUCAAAUACAGGUACGCCGCCGGAAUUCCACCUCUGAGUCCCAGCCGCACUUGUCUUUGCGCUCGCGUCCCUCACGAGGAUUUCUGCACCUAUGACCACACAUCAGGUCUGUUGUACACAUAUAGGCCGUGGGUUCCCGCCGAGAAGUUCGAAGACCUCGUCGCAGGGUUCGGCCAGCGAGGUAUCGAGCUCACGAAGGCAACGGCUGAGACAUACGCCUCGAUUGGUGUGUAG